UUCUUUCUAUUUCAUGAAUACGUUACUUGUCAUCCCGCAGUGUGUCAGUUUUUAAUUUAAUUUAAUUUAACAUAAUUUAUUUUUGUGGUCGAAAGCAAACCUGCACUAAGCCGGGACUAAGCAUUUUCUAUCGGUUUGGAAUGUUGGAUACCCGGGAGCUGUUUUUGAAGCAUGUGGUUUUACUCCACACCAACGGCAUUUCCGUUUUUGAUUUACUCGAGGAUCCUGGAGCAACGGUCCUAUAUUCCCUCGGGCAAGAUAAGUAUCAAAGUUAUGCUACCCGCGUUGUUUCCGAAAAGUUAACGUUGUCUCUGGAACGAAGUAUAGAGGAUGGCACAACCAGCGCAGGAUGAUGCUGCGACGAAGACCCUGAGAGCACCAGAUCAGGUCACGUUUGAAAAUAACAGUGUGGUCCCAAAGCAGCCGACGAUGUUCAAAAGGGCAUGCUUUCCUCGACGAGUGGCUUUAUACAAAAGCCGUGACCAUGACCGGCACGCCACCUCUCAACCUUCGUCAGACCGGGUCUCCCGACACUGCUAAAAUAAUUGGAUUCCGCAAUCACUUCCACCGCAAUUGAUCUAUCCGAAGGAACGUCGAAGCAUAUAUGAAUGCUAUUUUGACGUCAGCCAGCACAAACUGCCCCCCCCCUUUUUCCACCACAUCGACACCUCCAGGGGCCGAAUCCUUAGCCAACGGCACUUUCGUACACAUCGCUGGCGGGAUCAUCAACAACAACAACAACAAUAACUACAACUUCCUCCUAUCCCAAUCUAAGAGAAACCCAAUACAAUUUUAGCCGACAGACAUUGCAGCCGAAGUGAUUUGAUAGCUGCCUGGGGGGGAGUUUGUAACAGGAGUUACAGUGAACUUCAUCCACGUCUGUGUACGCAGCCGUGGCCGUGCUCCUUGUCUGCAUGUGGGUGAUGACACACCACAAUGAAUGAAGUAAACUCUACAGCGUCAGUGGCAUAUGAAGCUGCUGUGAUGACGGAAAGGGAAAGAGAAAGGAAAGAAAGAGAGGUGCCGAGCAUUAAAGAAUUGGGAGAGACACGGUCAGGUCAAAAAAGCAUGAUGGGUGGCGACUGGUGUGAGUUACCAUUUGCGACAAGCGUGUUUCCCCGCAUCGGAGAAAGAUUCCGCUUAUUACUUUCUCCGGAGCUUGCCCCUCCUUUCCUCUCUUCCCCGCUCGGCCCCCUUCGCCCUCCCAAGUCUUUGAGUGUGAUGAUUGUGUGUGUAUGUGUGUGUGUGUAUGUAAGUUUCGGCGAGCCUGGGAGCUGCAAUUGGUUGCGGAGCGGGCGUGAGUGGCAAUCUGCCCAAGUGGGUGUGGGAACAGUGAGUGAAUGCGGAUGAGCGUUGCCAGCGAGGUGGAGAUACGUGACAGGGAAAGGGUUGGUGUUGAGUAGGGAGGUCGAGGGGUGAAUUUGCAGCAAUCGAUUCCUGACGUGUGAAGACAGCGGCUGAAACGGAUCUUGAACUUCUGUACAUUGCCCUGUUUCCUCUGGUCCGUGGUUGCUGAACGUAGAGAUUCUAACAGCAGCACGAUCUCGAGCGUUUCUGCUUCUAGAAUUGGUUUUCUCCCCCUCUAGGUCUCUCCGGCGAUGGCGAUGGCCCAGAUGGCUUCCAAAUUGGCACGGCGAGUAAUGGGAACCGAGACGCCUGUCAUGGUUCAGAUGCAGGAGUUGUUACGUGGUGCAACAGAUGUUAUAUCAUUGGCACAGGGUGUAGUGCAUUGGCAGCCGCCUGAAGAAGCGUUGUCGAAGAUAAAAAUUAUUGUCGACGAGCCCUCAACAAGCCAAUAUGGUGCAGACGAGGGCCUACCAGAACUUCGAGAGGCUCUUUUAGAGAAGCUAAAGCGGGAGAAUAAGCUCUACAGCUCCUCUGUUAUGGUUACUGCAGGUGCUAACCAGGCCUACGUGAACGUGGUCCUCACACUGUGCGAUCCAGGAGACAGAGUGGUCUUGUUUGUGCCCUAUUAUUUCAAUGCCUUCAUGGCCUAUCAAAUGACAGGUGUAACUGACAUUGUAUUGGGUCCGAGUGAUUCUGACUUGCACCCAGAUGCAGAUUGGUUGGAGAAAUUACUACAAAAUAAGGAUCCAAAGAAAAUACCUAAGGUGGUGUCUAUCGUCAAUCCUGGCAACCCCUCUGGAACAUACGUUCCUGAACCACUCUUAAAGAGGAUAUCAGAGAUGUGCCGAGAAGCUGGGUCUUGGCUCAUCGUCGACAAUACAUAUGAAUAUUUCAUGUACGAUGAUUGUAAACACGCAUGUAUCGAAGGCGAUCACAUAAUCAACAUAUUUUCAUUCUCUAAAGCACAUGGCAUGAUGGGAUGGAGAGUUGGCUAUAUCGCAUAUCCGGCUGGGGUUGUAGGAAUGGGAGCGCAGUUGCUGAAAGUGCAGGACAACAUCCCCAUUUGCGCAUCCAUAAUUGGCCAAAAAUUGGCGCUCGCAGCGCUGCAAGUGGGGCCCGAGUGGGUGCUGGAGAGGGUGCAGAGAUUAGGGAAGAAUCGAGAAGUCCUGCUGGAGGCACUCUCACCUCUGGGACAGGGCGCUGUGAAAGGUGGGGAGGGCGCCAUCUACCUCUGGGCCCAGCUGCCCAAGGACAAGGCGACAAACGAAGUUGCUGACGACGUCGCAGUUGUCAGAUGGCUCGUGAAGAGACACGGUGUGAGUGUGAUCCCAGGAAGCGCCAGCGGGGGCGCUGGCUUCAUUCGCAUCUCUUACGGUGGAUUGACGCAGGAGAAAUGUCACAUUGCCGCCGCUAGGUUAAACAAAGGUCUGCAGGAGCUUGUCGACCACGGCAUGGUCUAGCUCUUUUUUGCGAGCUUUUUGAUAGCCCACUCUCCCGUUUACAUUUGCUUUCGGCAUGUUGAAGUAGGCCAGAGCUUUCGUAGCGAUUGAAGAAUUGAUAGAAAUUCUUAAGAGCAGCACACGAAGACUCGUGUACAUGAUGAUGUUUUGUUAUCCAUACGGAAUCCCAAUUGAGGACACAUUCUUUUCAUUUCCUUAA